AUGCGAGUCCGAGUGAAUGGUCUCCAACCACUCAUCAAAACUUCCAUUGUGGAAUAUAGGAAUGGAGAAGAAAUUGAGGCUGAGUUAGUCUAUGAAAGAUUGAAGAAGCACUGUAAGAUUUGUCAUCGCCUUGACCAUGAUGACAAGGAGUGCCCUACUACAAGAGCUUCGGUCCCUUCGCGUCCAUCUUCAGCUGCCCAGAAAAGAAGGAAUGAUCUCCCCUCUAAAAGAUCUGAUGUCGUUUCUCGUCCUCCUAGAAGAGAUGACCCCUCUGCUAGACCUAGGUUGGACUACUCUUCAAGAAGAAAGGAAGCUUACCACACUACUGGUAGAGAGCAUUCCCAUUACUCAGACAGGAACCUCAGAGGCUCCUCAUACCAUAGGAGGUCUCCUUCUCCUAGGCACCGGUCCUCUUACCACCACAGUUCUCGGGGCUCCCCUCCAAGGGGCAGAAGCCCUUACGAUCAUCGGGACUCGCGAUCUAGAUACUCCUCUAGAUCUCCCCAGAACAGGUGUAGACGAGAUGUUUCCCCAAAUCUUGUUGAGAAUUCUGACUGCCGUAGAGAGGCAGGGACUUCAUCUCGUGUUGAAAUUCAAGAGGAAGAAGUUAACUCAGAAACUCGUAGGCGCCCUAACUCAACUCAAGUCCCUGAUGCAGCUUUGGAGGUUGCAAUGGGAGAACUGCGUGAGGUUAUGGUUCAGUAUGCUAGCUGUGCCGAUCCAGGAGAAAGUGCAGCUAGAAAGGAAAGAAUCCGUCUCGCUGAGGCAGAAGGACAGUUUGAAGAGACUGCAGAACAGAUGGUUAGAGCCAGUUUGAAUCUGCCCUCAGCUGAAAAUCGUAAGCAAACCUCCCCUGACUUGUCUAGCAGUCAUGAGAGAAUCCCAGCUGCGUUGAGGCUUGGCCCUUUGAAUGCUCCUCCUCCUCUCCCUCCAAAACCCAAGAAGCGCAGCACUGCAAAGAGGAAGCCAGGAAGACCACCAGGACGUCCUACAGGUGCUUCUCAAGGCAGAGACUGUUAA